AUACCUGAGAUACAUACCCAGGAGGCAUGAUGUCACAGCAUCCCACAAAACAGGACAAGCCGCUAGCUGUCCUCUACCUCACAAACACCUCGGCGCGGGAGUGGUGGAGUUACUUCCCUUGGCUACCCCUCCACAACACCAGUAUCGUCCGCCUUCCCGCAUCUACCAUCUGUUGCGGCCAUGAAGGGGACUCCCAGCAACUUGGACACCCUGCUGUGGGUCUACCGCUUCCACAGCUCCACCGAGGUGGCCCUACAGCCUCCGCUUCUGUCUUCCCUGGAACUUGCUGUGGCCGCAGCUCACGAAUAUCUGGUCCAAAGGUUCAGAGAACUUAAGUCCCAGGAGCCCCUGGAAUCCAGUAAGCCGCCUGCCCAGAAGGCCACCUUGGGGCUGGUGCUAAGAGAAGCUGCAACCAGCAUCAUGAGCUUCGGAGCCGCCUUGCUAGAGAUCUCAGUCCUGUGGCUACAGCAGGAAGUGCUGGACAGCAGCGACGGCUGCCUGAGCGCAGCCCCGAACACUGGGGAUCCGGGUAGGGCACUGGCCCGUGUAGCCCUGGCUGCAGGGCAGGGGAUUCGGCAAGCUGGAGCAGCAGCUGGCGCAAGUGUCCGGUACCUGAUCCAGGGGGCGUGGCUAUGCCUGUGCGGACGCGGUUUGCAGGGGUCCACCUCAUCCCUGCAACAAACCCUACGCCAGCUGGGUCUUGGGGUCCCCGGGGAUCCGGUACGUUCAGAAUAAGGGGUGUGACACGGGUCAGAGGAGAUGGGACUGAGGUUAUACUGAGCCAUACUGACCUCUCAACAGAGAUACCCGGGAGACCCCAAGGUGGCAUCCAACAGCAGUGAGGAGAACGGGGGACCAGAUAAUCCAUCACUGUCCCAGCCCCACCCUGUGUCCAAAUAAAAACCCAGAACAGGACAACUGCAAGUCCCCUACGCCAACCUUCUUUGGCUCCGCCCACCGUGCUGGUACCCCAUCUCUGUUAGAUCCACUUUGA